UUAUGCUGUUUCUAUCCACUAGAGGCAGCUUUUUCUUUACUCUUCCUUCAGUAAAAAAAACAAACCAACAAUUGUAAACAGUGGAUCGUUCGUCAGUGUCUAGUGAAGCGGGCACAGCAGAAUGCCAAAGAAAAAGAAUAACGGACUGAGUAACGCCCGAGUUCCGAUGCAGGCGGGUGAGUACGAGAGCCGUCCCGAGAGUCGAGCACACGGGGCAAGUGGAUCUGUUUUGACCCAGGCGGACUCAUCAUGGGGCUUUAAUAACUUUGGGUCCACGCUGUCCAGCAGCGGUCAGUCGGAAUCUCAAAGCCGAGACGAAAUCAUCCUGAACAUGCAAGAAAUGUUUUCACAUCUGGACUCUGGAGUCAUUUACAUGGUGCUCCAUGAGGAAGAUUUUAAAGUGGACAAUGCAGUGAAUUCUCUUUUGGAGCUGUCAGAUGCUGCUGAGGGCACAGCGCCGCCCCCUCCUCCAGUCUCUGGGUUUGAGUUGGCUGCUGCUCUCCUGGGAGCAGACUCCACUCAGAGUGGCUUCGCUUUUUCACAGCAGACUGAAUCUCAGCGGGUACACAGCCCUCAUGAAACCCACCUAACCAGAGAGUUUAAUACACUCCUAGAUCAGGAACUUGAGACUUUGACGUCACCGCAAACACAGCCUAGCACUCAUUCUCUGAUGUCCUCCGUACCAUUCUUUGCUCUGCCCCCUCCUUCUCAGUCACUCCAUCCUUCCUCCCUGCCUCUCACAUCCCAGACUCCGCUUUCUGGUCCUCAAAAUGCUUUAGAGCUUGAGCAGAAUCCCAAACCGGGCUCUGUUACUGAACAGGCAUCAUACUCUAGCCCCAGGCUCAGUGAGGCCUGUGGAGGUAUUUCACCUGUGAGUGAAAUGAGAUUUGGUGGAGUUCAUAUCCCAGAGCUGAAUAGCAUAUCUCUUGACUUUAGUCACUUAACAAUGGAGGCCAGCUCUACUGAACCAUGGCCCUCUACCUUCCAGGUGUACAGCAGACCUGACCAACUCCACAACCAAACAGGAAUUCUGAAGCAUAAUGAAGCGCUCAGAACACCAGCCAUGUUCUGGAAGACUCAGGCUGCGGAGUCCCAUUCCCAAACUGUGGGGCCAGCCUUUAUUGCACCUGUUAUUCCUAAUCCCACACCCUGGAACACUAACCCUUUCCCUGCUGCUCAGUGGUUGGAUCAUGGACCUAUCAGAGAAGCACCUCCGAAGCCUUUUGCAACUGUACCGAAGUCAUGGACUCUACCUCCCAAGAGCCGACUCAAAUUGGAAGGGCGUGUGCUGGUGUUACUUAGAGGGGCUCCUGGAUCAGGCAAAACCACCCUUGCCAAUGCUAUGUUGGAGCAUAACCCAGGAGGGGUUGUUUUGAGCACUGAUGAAUAUUUUACUCGAAAUGGUCCCUACCAUUUUGAGCCAAAUUUACUAGGAGAAGCCCAUGAGUGGAAUCACCAGAGAGCAAAAGAGGCUUUGAAAAAAGGCCAGACACCCAUCAUAAUAGACAACACCAAUAUUCAAUGUUGGGAGAUGAAACCAUAUGUUGCUAUGGCACAGAAACAUAUGUAUAAGGUGCUGUUUCGAGAGCCAGAUACUUGGUGGAAGACCAAACCCAGAGAGCUUGAGAAGCGUACAAGGCACCAAGUAACAAAGAAGAAGAUCAAACGCAUGUUGGAACGGUAUGACCGUUUUGUCUCAGUCCAGAGCAUCAUAAAUUCACAAAGACCAGAACCAGUGCCAAGUGUUGUGGAUUUGACGCAAACAGAGAUCGACCAGCCCCAGCAGUCUUUACCUCCUGGGCUCAAUUAUCCUGAUCUUGUUGGUAACUCUGGGUUGAUUAAACCAAAUGUGGACCCUUCCACAUGUCUGCCUGAUUUGUCCUCUGUAAGUCAGGCUUGCGAUACCAUUUCCACAGGCGAGGAAGAAGGUGAAAUGGAAUCCUACAGUUCCAAAGAGUCCAUGGUGUUCCAUGAGACCAUUCUGGCAGAGUCUGGGAUGCUGCAGUCUGACCUGCUUGAUGGAGAAGAGUUGGACUUGGAACUAGAUACCUGCUUUGUAAAAACAGAGAAAAAAAUUGAAAAUCUGGGCAGUGAAACAAUUGAAGAGUUUGGAAUGACAGCAAAAGAGAUGUUUCUAGAGCAACCUGUGGCGUUUUCGGAGUCCAUUGCUCAGCGUGUAAGGAGGGACAGAACGCCUUACGCAAAUGUACAUAGUGUAAGUAGAGUAAGAGUAAAUAGAGUAAGUGCCAUCGAUCAACCUGUGGACUUUGACCCCAAUGUUGAGUCUUCUAGGCAAGUUGAGGAGGGAUGCGAAGAUGAGCCUCUUGCUGAAAGCAAAGUAAUGCAACCAGAGCUGUUGGAUUUUGUGGGGGACUGGCCACUGGAAUCUCAAAGCCAACGCCAAAGAAGACAACAGAAUUCAAGUAAUAAAUCUGUAAAGAACACCAAUAAGGAAUCCAGAGCUGUGGAAGGUGGAGAGAAUGCUUCUGCUGAUGUGGACAAGCAUUCUGAUACUGACAUGAUAAAUGAAGAAGAAUUUGUAGAUCUACGGCAAGGAGGAGGAAGCUCAUCUCCAGCAAAUUUGGCUUUAAAGCAUUCCCCUUCCUUGGGUAGAAAUGAGGGUAACUUGAACUUGGAGACUGUGCUUUGGCCUAAACUCCCUGACUGUGUGCUGGAGUGGAAGUUUUCAGAGUGCACUGACCCAAGGAAAGAUUACUCUACUUCUCCAAGUCCAGUGAAAGAGGGGGCAGACCAAAUUGAGUCCAGUCAUGUGUCCACACAGGAGGUGGUUGAGGAAGAGGGGGAGAGUGUGGUAUCCGAGGAGAAAUGCAGAAUGAGCCCCAGUGUCCAGGGAACUUUGUGUUCAAGAGUUGCCGUAGACUUGGAGAGCAGUCUGGAGAGAUGGAGAGGGCUUAGAAUGGGAAAGUCUUGUAAAUUGGCACUUCCCUUCACCGAUCAAAGCCUUUCCUCACCCUGCACACAGUUUCCCGUAAUUUCACAUCAGCCCUCCAAUCUUUCACCAGGGGAAGGAAUCAUAGAGUCGUGUCCCAGCAUCUCAACCCAAACACAUCCUCAAAACUUUGCACUGCUUUGGGGAAUUAACCAGCUAAAAUGUUCUGCAUCGGCCUCGGAUCUCUCUAGUAGUGAUAUGGUCAUUUUUUAUGGAAACUCUUUGCGUUUCACUCCAAAAACAAAUGAAGAGCAGUCUGCCUGCCAGCAGGGUGUGUCAUACCGCAUCAUCCACGAGAAAGGCUCACAGGUGGAAGACAGCGACUUAAGAGAAUCCCAAUCCAAACAACAAAACCUUGAAAUUCUAGGCCGCCAUUUCAGGCAUGUCUACAUGGAUAUUCUGGAAGACCUUUACGAGAAGUGCCAGCAAGAUAUGGAGUGGAGAACUAAUUUAUUGCUAGACUCUGGAGAACGGCUGUAUAAAGAUGAUAAAGAGAAUGAGGAAGGUCAUUUGGGGUCUUUUUUUGGGGAACAGUCACAUGAUUACCAAGCUGUGAAGAAAUUUCCAAUCACCGAGCCAACAGAAGCCGGCUCAGAGAGCAACCAGGCUGGGGCUGAGCAGAAUGUGGCAGACUCCAGCAGCAUUAGGCCCAAGUCCCAAGAAACUAACUUAAGUGACUUGAGCCAAGCUAAUGAAGAUUGGAGCGCAUUUCAAAGCUCACAAAGUGAAGCUGAAGGAUCUGAUGAGGGUUUAAGCAUUUACAAGGGCAAAUGUGAGCCUGAGCAUUACUUUGUAACCUUAGGGCAAUCAAAAGAAGACACUAAAGCACAAUUGAAUGUUCCAGCAGCUAGUGAGGCAAAGCCAGAACCAGAUACAACAGAUCAGCUAAUUAGUCAGAGCCUAGAGGCACCAUUGGAGCAAUGGUCUCAAGAAGAGAGAGGAGUGAAGGAAAAGGAAGAAGAAGAAACAAGAGCAAAAGUGGAUGCCAUUACACAGUCACUUCUGCAUCAGGUAAAUGAAAUGGAGUGCAGACAGGAGGAGGAGAACACGGAACUAGCAAAGGACAGAAAGAGAACUGGCCAGGAGAGAAGAGAGCCAAGAACUUUGGACAUUCAGACUCUGGAGCUGAAACUUCCAACUGAACUUGCAUUGCAGCUCACUGAGCUGUUUGGACCUGUUGGAGUCAGUCCAGGAACCGGAGAGCGGGUCAAACGGUCAAACACUCGAAGUCCACACACAUCUCUCUUCUGAAUGUGCUGCUUGGAUUCAACAGAAACG